CUCAACUUCAUUGCACUGCAGUUCCGAUUCAGCCAUCGCAUUUUAUUUCCUUGAAUGAUAACCAGACGAAGAGUGGAAUUCUUAAGAUCCUUUGGCAAUGGGAGCUAGUCGGAAGCUACAUGGAGAGAUCAAUCGGGUACUGAAGAAGGUUCAAGAAGGUGUAUAUGUCUUCGACAGCAUCUGGAACAAGGUUUAUGAUACCGACAAUGCAAAUCAGAAAGAGAAGUUUGAGGCAGCCUUGAAAAAGGAGAUCAAGAAACUGCAGAGAUACAGAGACCAGAUCAAGACAUGGAUCCAGUCUAGCGAGAUUAAGGAUAAAAAGGUUAGCGCCACUUAUGAACAGGCACUGGUGGAUGCUCGUAAGCUGACUGAACGUGAAAUGGAAGGAUUUAAGAUCUGCAAAAAGGAAACUAAGACAAAAGCAUUCUCAAAAGAAGGGCUUGGUCAACAACCUAAUACUGAUCCAAGGGAGAAGGCUAAAUCAGAGACAAGGGAUUGGCUGAACAAUUCGGUGAGCGAGUUAGAAUCCCAGAUUGAUAGAUUGGAAGCUGAAACAUAAGGUCUCACCGUGAAGAAAGGAAAGACAAGGCCACCCAGACUGACACAUUUAGAGGCGUCUAUACAACGGCACAAGGCUCAUAUAAUGAAGCUAUAGUUGAUAU